AUUUUGUUUGAUUGAUUGAAUGCGGUAUUUUUUGCGUUGGUAUUGUUCAGUCUCUUGUUGAAGAUUUAUAUAUCUAAUUAAUACAAAUGGGUGAAGAUAAAGCAGAUCGCCGACGCAGGUCGCGCUCACGAGAACGAAGACGUUCCAGAUCCCGCUCUAGAGAACGUAGAGAAAAAAGGAGAAGCAGAUCGAAGUCUCAAUCAAAGAGAUCACGCCGCCGCAAGCCUUCUUUGUACUGGGAUGUACCACCGCCAGGCUUUGAACAUAUUACUCCGUUACAGUACAAAGCUAUGCAAGCAGCUGGGCAGAUUCCAGCCAAUAUUGUUGCUGAUACACCUCAAGCGGCUGUACCAGUUGUGGGUUCUACCAUCACUCGACAAGCGAGACGUUUAUAUGUUGGAAACAUACCAUUUGGAGUGACUGAAGAAGAGACUAUGGAGUUCUUCAAUCAACAGAUGCAUCUUUCUGGCUUGGCACAGGCAGCUGGAAAUCCUGUCUUGGCGUGUCAGAUCAACUUGGACAAAAACUUUGCAUUCCUUGAAUUUAGGUCUAUAGAUGAAACAACACAAGCUAUGGCUUUUGAUGGCAUUAACUUUAAAGGGCAAAGUUUGAAGAUUCGACGGCCCCAUGAUUAUCAGCCAAUGCCUGGAACUGAAAAUCCAGCAAUAAAUGUACCUGCUGGUGUGAUUAGCACUGUUGUUCCCGAUUCUCCACAUAAGAUAUUUAUAGGAGGCCUGCCUAAUUAUCUCAAUGAAGAUCAAGUAAAGGAGCUCCUCAUGUCCUUUGGACAGCUACGUGCUUUCAAUUUGGUGAAAGAUUCUUCAACUGGACUUAGCAAGGGUUAUGCCUUUGCUGAAUAUGUUGAUAUUUCUAUGACUGAUCAGGCUAUUGCUGGACUGAAUGGAAUGCAGCUUGGAGAUAAGAAGCUAAUUGUACAACGAGCCAGUAUUGGAGCCAAGAAUUCUACACUAGCGAUGACAGGCGCAGCGCCGGUGCAGCUGCAAGUAGCGGGGCUGACGCUGGCUGGGGCGGGGCCGCCCACCGAGGUGCUCUGCCUGCUCAACAUGGUCACGCCGGACGAGCUGCGUGACGAAGAGGAGUAUGAGGACAUCCUCGAGGACAUCAAAGAGGAAUGCAAUAAGUAUGGUUGUGUGCGAAGUAUAGAGAUACCAAGGCCUAUUGAAGGCGUCGAAGUACCUGGCUGUGGAAAGGUAUUUGUGGAAUUCAACAGCAUCGCCGAUUGCCAGAAAGCCCAACAGACAUUGACUGGUCGUAAAUUCAGUAACCGUGUCGUCGUGACCUCAUACUUCGAUCCGGACAAGUACCAUCGCAGAGAGUUUUAAUAAUGGCAUAAGUACCAUUCGCAUGGCUACUUCCAAUGCCCAAGUUUCAUUCUCCCAAUCAAACUCUUUGUAAGCGACAUUUUUAUUUUUAGUGAAAGAAUGUUUGUCUAUCCAUCUUGAUUAUAAUAUUAUUAAAACUACGAAUAAAUGAAUUAUGACACCUAAUUUAC